UCCAAGGCCAGAUAUGAGAAGAAUCUCCUGCUGUUUGGUGAUCAGGAGAUAGAGAUAAUGUCUGUUGGCAAACUGAGGUGGGUGGUCAGAAAUGAAGCUGACCUCCUGAGGAUUGCCCAGGCCAACCUUAAGAAGUCUAGUCCUGUGUGUGAUUCUGCUACACUUAUUUUGGAGGCCAACUCCUCAACAGAGUCUGCCAUGUAUGGGGAAAAGAACGGCAGGGACCGUUCU